AUGCUAUUUGCGCAGCGUGCCACUCCGUCGCAAUGUCGCGUCCUGGAUGAUCUCACAAUGGCCCUUAAUGGUGGCCGAGCAUGGUCGAUCUCAACAACACUGCCGACUGCUGCCCAGGCGCGGUGCUACCGACUGAAAUCAGCCAUUUCUCACAAGCACAUAUUCAAAACCAGCCUGAAGAAGACGCUAGAGGCUCACCGUGUCGCCAACCGCGCCAGUGUUAUUCGCCCCGUGUACGCCUAUAAUUCGCCCAGCCUCGGCGUCUAUCGACCACCGCUCCUUCAAGAGAUUCAGAAAUUGCCUCUAGCCCAGUCAACGACAAAUACGCCGCGACGGAAGAAACCGAAGCCUGAAAAACAGACCCCCAAACUAGCCAGUCGCGUGUCGCUCAGUGCCCAGGGAGAUCGUGCUGCGCAGCAUCCUUGGCUCGACUUGGUGCAGUCCCGGCGCAAAGAUCAAAAUGGCAUGGCACGUCUCGACGCUGAGAUUACAGCUCUUGCGGAAUACCUCCAACCCUCGUCGUCGGAAAACGUGGCUAUCGCUCGUAUCGUGCGCCAAAUAUCAGAACAGGUCUCUGGGGUAGUGCCGAUUCCGCCCCAGCUCGUCGGCUCACGGUCUACUCAAACAGCUUUUAGCUCUUCCGGCAUUGAUCUCAUGGUGCGCGUGGGAGACGAGAAUUUCUCGGCAUCUGGACAACGCGCAUUGAAUACAAUGACCAGCAAAACAUUCACCGGCAUAAUCCAAGGACUCGAGGCUGCGAUACGUCAACACCCGGACUAUGAUGAGUUUCGAAUUCUCCCCGCAAAAAGCGCAACGCUUGCCAUGAUCCACAAGGCCUCAAGUCUACCGAUAAAUAUAUUUUGCGGGAAUAAAUCGCCUAGUUCCGACGACUUUAUCAAGACCAGCCUGGCGGGUACUCCGUCUCUCCGACCAUUGUACAUGGUUCUGAGGUCUAUACUGGAAAGCCGAAAUAUCUUUGGAUGGGAAACAGCUUCUGUCGGCUCUUAUGGCCUCAUAUUACUCGUUACCGCCUUUUUGAAGCAACAAAAUGCUCAAUUCCAGCAACAAGGUCUGGGAGAGCAGCUCCUGGCCCUACUAGAUACAUACGGCUCAAGCCUCGACCUACAGACCACAGGCGUGUCAGCUGAUCCUGCCGAGUUCUUUGACUUCGCAAGCGUCCGCCACAAGUACGAGACCGCUCAACAUCCUCAUCCAGUGCUUGUCGGGCAACGAGCGUUACUACGCUUCAAAGCCAACGCCAGCAAAAGGUCAAACUUGCCCGCGGCAAUGCACCUGUGUAUUCAGGAUCCCACCAAUUAUCUAAACGAUGUCGGAUUGCAGUGUGUGCGGACCGCGGAGCUGCAAAAGAUCAUGUCCAGUGCGAAUAUUGGUCUUCAGCUGGCCGCGAGAAGAUGGGAUGGGGACGGCAGUAUCCUUGGCCAGGCGCUAAAUGCAAACUUUGACGAGUUUCAGCGGAUUAGGACAUCAUUAUCUGUAUAA